AAUUUCUUCUCGCGUGGUGAUCUCGAUUACCGUAAUCUUGUCCUUGAUGCCAACUCUGCCUCCUUAUUUGUCGGUGCCCGAGGACGAAUAUUCCGAUUAUGGGCUUACAAUGUGAACGAUACAUCGGAAAACUUGUUUGUGGAUCUGCGAGCUACAGUACCCCCGGCAGAGUUGUCGGAAUGUCGAGCGUUGGGAAAUUCGGCCGAAGAUUGUCAGCCGUCGACGAGAUUCAUGGCAUUGCAAGAUAAUAAAGAACGAUUAUAUGUUUGCUCAUCGGUCGGUAUGCGUCCGGAAAUUCGUGUGCUUGACGCGGUUACCCUCCGGGAUCGGCAGGAACCGCGCACGGAAAUAGGUAUCUGUGCUCCUGAUCCAUCAGUGAAUGCUACGGCCGUUAUUGUUGAGUGGGGUAACCCAAGCGAGUUACCAUCCGUUUAUUCGGGUAUCAGAACUGGAAUGGCUGGGGAGAAUCACCUGAUCUAUCGACCUGCACUGAUUGAGAAAGGAAAGGAAGUGUAUUCGAGCAUGAGGACUGUCUACACGGAUAAUCGAUGGUUGUACGGUAGGUAUACGAUCUCCAUCACAUUUUACAAUAGUUUUUGUCAAAAAUUUGAAAAAAAAAUGAUUGGGGUGGGUAACUAA